CGUAUUGGAGAGGUAAAAUAAGAUUUCGCUGUAUGCGAAAAACAAAAACAUUAGAGCUCUUCAAUAAACAACAAACUCAUAGCCAAGGCAGAGCCAAAGAGAUUUUGCGAUUGAAAGAACGAUUUGAUCAAUCUCGAUAGAAGAAGAAGAAGAGGAAGAUGUCGACUCUUUCAGCUGCCAGGGCAGAUAACUUUUACUACCCACCAGAAUGGACACCGGAUCAAGGUUCCUUGAACAAGUUUCAAGGACAGCAUCCUCUCAGAGAGAGGGCGAGGAAACUAGGCGAGGGGAUUUUGAUCAUAAGGUUCGAGAUGCCCUAUAAUAUAUGGUGUGGUGGCUGCAAUUCUAUGAUUGCCAAGGGUGUUCGAUUCAAUGCUGAGAAGAAGCAAGUUGGGAACUAUUAUUCUACAAAGAUAUGGAGCUUUGCGAUGAAAGCACCAUGUUGCAAACAAGAGAUAGUCAUUCAGACAGAUCCUCAGAACUGCGAGUAUGUAAUUACUAGUGGUGCUCAGAAGAAGGUUGAGGAAUAUGACGUAGAAGACGCUGAAACCAUGGAGCUCACUGCUGAAGAAGAGAAGGGAAAGCUUGCAGACCCGUUUUAUCGUUUAGAGCACCAGGAAGUUGAUUUGCAGAAGAAGAAAGCAGCAGAACCGCUUUUGGUCCGUCUCCAGCGAGUCUCAGAUGCAAGACAUGCAGAUGACUACUCCCUAAACAAAGCUCUACGUGCACAAAUUAGGGGUCACAGGAAACGUGUAGCUGAAGAAGAGGCUGCUUCAAGGAAACUAGGGUUGGGGAUAAGACUUCUUCCGAAGAGCGAAGAAGAUGUUGCAGCUGCAUCAAACGUGAAGUUCAGGACCAAGUUUGAUAAGAAUCGAAAGGAUAAACGAGCUCUGAUUCAUUCAUCUUCCAUAUUUCCAGAGUCAUCUUACUCGAUGUCAUCAUCAUCAAGCAAGAAAAGACUGGAGCUAGAAGCAAAGAGAAGGAAAAUAUGUGCAGCGUCGGCGUCUAGUCUGUUGAGCGGGGGAUUCAAAGCUUCAUCAUUGUCUAAAAACCCAUCAUCAGCAAGCAAGUCCAAAAGUUCAAUAGUUUCUGUAAGGAAGAUGUAGUUUUGAAACUCCUUAAGAAGUUAUAAGGAAAAGAAAAGUCGACUCAUUACAAUAGUGGCCAUCUUUUACGUGUGGAAAGUUGAAUUUGAUCCUGGCUUUGGUAUACUGUUAUUUUCUAUGUUCAAGCUCCGAACGUCCCAAAUGUUAACUUUGGGUAGAUAAAGUAUAUUUUUGGUAUC